AUGCAACUACAGAUAUCUGUUCCCUUUUUUAACAUGGAAUCUGAUCCAAAAUAUCAAAUGCGUGAAGCUGAAUCUAUGAAAAGACUUGCAUUUGUUGGAAUAACAACAACAACAUUUGCUCUUCUUACUGCCGUUAUUUUUGUACCAAUGCUUUACAAUUAUAUUCAAUAUGUACAAGCAUCUUUGGAUACAGAAGUCAAUUUUUGUUCUCAUCGUAGUCAAGGAUUAUGGCAAGAAUUACAAAAAAUAGAAUCUGUUGUUGGUACAAGACAUAAGAGAGAAACUAACUAUAAUCAAAACCAACAAUUCUUUGGAAGAAGAAAUGUUAUAAGAGGAGCUGCUUCAUAUGCUACUGGAAGCAACGGAGGAGGUGGAGGAGGAUACAGCGGUGGAGCUGGAGGUGCUGGAGGUGGAGGUGCUGGAUAUGGUGGUGGCGCUGGAGCUGGCGGUGCUGGAUUUGGAGGUGGCGCUGGUGGUGCUGGAUUUGGACGUGGUGGUAUUUCAAGUGCAGCUCAAGGUUUCGGAGGUGGAGCUGGAGGUGCAGGAGGAGGUGCAGGAGGAUAUUCUUCUGCAGGAGUAUCUGGUUCAUCAGGUGGAUCAUGCUCAACAGGACCCGCUGGACCACCUGGAAAAGAUGGACUUGAUGGUAAAGAUGGAGCUGACGGUCAACCAGGUAAAGCAGGAGAACCAGGAUCCGAUGGAGCUGCAGAUGCACAAGGAGGUGGAGGGUGCCAAAGAGCAUGCCCACCAGGACCACCAGGACCAGCAGGAAAUCCAGGACCAAAAGGACCACCAGGAAAUCCAGGUCCACGUGGAAACGAUGGACAAAGCUCACCAGGACAAGCCGGUCAAGCUGGUCCACCAGGACCACCAGGAAGCGAUGGAACACCAGGAAACCCAGGACCUGAUGGAGCACCAGGAUCUGUUAAUGAAGCUCCAGGACCAGUUGGACCACCUGGACCACCAGGUCCACCAGGAGCACCAGGAAAUGAUGGAGAACCAGGUGCACCAGGAACUUCAAUACCUGGACCACCAGGACCAGCAGGAGAUAGUGGUCCACCAGGAGCUCCAGGAAAUCCAGGAUCUGAUGGAUCACCAGGAAAUGCAGGUGAAGCUGGACAAAAAGGACAAUGUGAUCAUUGCCCUGCUCCAAGAACAGCUCCAGGAUAUUAA